AUGGCGCCCUCUGCGAUCGACACCCCGAUGCAUGAUGCUGAACCAGAGAAUAAUGUCCCGCCACCACAACUGUACCCGCCUCGAGAAGCUCAUUUUGAGAAAUUCAUCGAGCCCCAGCCAGAUGGAUACCAAAAAGCGAAGUCGCGCGGUGGCGACCGUGCAGCAAUUGUGAUUGACAAUGGUUCGUCUGGAACUCGAGCUGGCUGGUCCUUUGAAGAUGCACCUCGGUUCAAUAUCACACCUAUCUUCUCCAAAUACCGAGACCGAAAGCUGGGCAAGACGUACUCCUUUGUCGGGAAUGAUGUGCUUGCCGACACAACUGCUCGCGGACAUAUGAGAAAUGCCUUCGAGGCAGGGAGUGGGAUAGUGAGUAAUUGGGAUGUGAUGGAGUCGUUAUUGGACUACGUUUUCAUCAAGAUGGGGGUUGAAGGGUCAAAUGGGGGAGUCGAUGUGCCCAUUGUCAUGACAGAAGCCGUGGCCAACCUCCCAUACUCUCGCAAAUCUAUGACCGAGAUCAUCUUUGAGUGCUAUUCUGCACCCUCCCUAGCGUAUGGCAUCGACUCCCUUUUCUCAUACGACUACAACAACGGCAAGACUGGACUUGUCGUAUCCUCUUCCCACAGUUCGACACACCUCAUUCCAGUACUUAACUCCAAAGCUCUCUUGACUCAAGCAACACGUUUGAAUUGGGGUGGCUCACAAAGUGCCGAAUACCUGCUCAAGCUCAUCCGAUUAAAAUACCCCACGUUCCCUGGAAAGCUCAACUCUUCUCAAACUGAGUACAUGAUCCGCGAUCACUGUUACCUGUCCAAAGGCUACGACAAAGAAUUAAGCACAUGCCUUGACUGGACGGGGCUGGAAGACCGUGACCAUGUCAUCCAAUACCCUUACACCGAAGAAAUAAUCGUUCAAAAGAGCGAAGAAGAGCUUGCCCGAAUAGCGGAAAAGAGAAAGGAGAGCGGGAGACGAUUACAAGAGCAAGCGGCUAAGAUGAGACUCGAGAAAUUAAUCAGAAAGGAGCAAGAACUCGAUUACUACAGGGAUUUGCAAUCGAAACUUGCAAACGAGAGUAAGAAGGAAGUCAAGCGGUUGCUGGAUUCUGAGGAUUUGAAAGAUGAAGCAGCGCUCGAAAGAACAAUUAAAGAGCUCGACAAAUCCAUUCGCAAAGCCAGAACGAAGGAUGUGGGAGGCCCAGAAGUGGAAGAGGAAGUAGAAGAGCCCGAUUUCAGCCUCCUUGAAAUCCCCGACGACCAACUCGACGAAGCAGGACUCAAACAAAAACGUCAUCAACGCCUCAUGAAAUCCAACCACGAAGCUCGAGCCCGAGCCAAAGCGGAGAAAGAAAAGGAGAAAGCCCGAGUAGCAGAAGAGCGACGACUUGACGAAGAGAAGCGAGAAAAGGAUCUCGAAGGGUGGCUGCAAGAGCGGCGCAACGCUCGUGCAGACCUUAUCCAGAAGAUGAAAGAUAGAGAACGUCUAAAGGCUGAUUUGGGUAACCGCAAAUCUCUUGCAAGCCAGAUCCGAAUGAAGAGCAUUGCGAACCUAGCCUCAGAUAACCCAACUAAGAAACGCAGACGCGGAGGUGAUGAUGACAAUUUUGGUGCUAACGAUGAUGAUUGGGGUGUGUAUCGUCAGAUAGCCACGGGAGAAGGUAGCGACGACGAAGAAGAGGAAGAUCUUGGUGCAAGUUUAAAGACGCUUGAAACCGAUCUGUUGAAAUACGAUCCGGACUUUACGGACCAGCAUACUCUUGAUGCACAAACUGACUGGACGAAGAGUCUUGUUCAUGCUUUCCUCCGUGGACCACGGCCUUUCGACCCAAAAAGCCAAGCAGAAGCUCACCAACUCCACCUAAACGUCGAGCGCAUUCGGGUUCCUGAAGUCAUUUUCCAACCAUCGAUCGCAGGUCUGGAUCAAGCUGGAAUUGUUGAGAUUGCAGCUGAUAUCCUGACGCACCGAUUGAAUGGCGUUGCAAGGCAGGAAGAAUUUUUGAAGGACAUCUUUUUGACAGGUGGAAGCUCGAUGUUCCAGAAUUUCGAUGAGAGGUUGAGAGAUGGCUUAAGGGCUUCCCUGCCAGCUGGUUCUCCGUUGGCGCUACGAAGAGCAAAGGAUCCUAUCUUGGAUGCUUGGAAAGGUGCUGCGAAGUGGGCGGGAGGUAGUGCGUGGAAGAAUGCUGCUAUUACUAGGGAGGAGUAUCUUGAGAAGGGCUCAGAGUACAUGAAGGAACAUGAUCUUGGCAAUGCGUAUUCUUGA